GUGUGCGAGGGGCGGCGUGUGCCUGUGAAGGGAGUGCGAGGGGCGCUGCGCGUCCCUGCCCGCGACGCUCCGCUCCGGUUCGGGCCCCGCUGCCGCCGAGGGGCGGUCGCAGGAGGCGGCGGCUGCCGGGAGUACGGCCGGGACCCGGCGCCCGCCCGCUACCGGGGCGAGGAGCGGGAUGCCGCGCCCGCCCUGCCCUGCCUGUCACCGGCCCCGCGGCUCCGCGCCGCCGGCAGCGGCGUAGCGCGCCCGCCUCGGGCGGUCGGGCUGGGCAGCGCGGGCGGGGCGGCAUGGGGGCUCCCGCCCCCCGCGGCGCUCGGCAAGGAGCGGAUUACAAAUGAGCGGCACGGCCCGGCGGCCCGGGCCCGCGGGCACCCCGGCAUGUAGAGCCUGACGGAGCGGCGCGGAGCCCUAGGUUGCCCGGUCACUAUGAACAAUGGCCCAGCUAUACUACAAAAAGGUAAACUACUCACCGUACAGAGACCGGAUCCCACUACAGAUCGUGCGAGCAGAGGCAGAGCUCUCGGCGGAGGAGAAGGCCUACCUCAGCGCUGUGGAGAAGGGGGACUAUGCCAGUGUGAAACAUGCCUUGCAAGAGGCAGAGAUCUACUACAACAUCAACAUUAACUGUAUGGAUCCUCUUGGUCGCAGUGCCCUUUUAAUAGCCAUAGAGAAUGAAAAUCUGGAGAUCAUGGAGUUACUUUUGAGCCACAGUGUGUACGUGGGAGAUGCUCUGCUGUAUGCAAUACGGAAAGAGGUGGUGGGAGCUGUGGAGCUGCUGCUGAAUUACAGGAAGCCAAGUGGUGAAAAACAGGUUCCAACUUUGAUGAUGGACACCCAGUUUUCAGAAUUCACUCCAGAUAUCACCCCAAUAAUGCUGGCGGCUCACACCAACAACUAUGAAAUCAUCAAACUGCUUGUCCAAAGACGGGUAACAAUUCCACGCCCGCACCAGAUCAGAUGCAACUGUGUGGAAUGUGUCUCCAGUUCAGAGGUGGACAGCCUGAGGCAUUCCAGGUCAAGGCUGAACAUCUACAAAGCCUUAGCCAGCCCUUCGUUGAUUGCCUUAUCAAGUGAGGACCCCAUCUUGACGGCUUUCCGACUGGGCUGGGAGCUGAAGGAGCUCAGCAAGGUGGAAAAUGAAUUCAAGGCUGAAUAUGAAGAGCUUUCACAGCAGUGCAAGCGUUUUGCUAAGGACCUUUUGGAUCAAGCACGGAGUUCCAGAGAAUUGGAGAUCAUUCUCAAUCACAGAGAUGAUCAAAGCGAAGAGCUGGAUCCCCAAAAAUGUCAUGAUUUGGCAAAGCUAAAGGUAGCAAUAAAGUAUCACCAGAAAGAGUUUGUUGCUCAGCCAAACUGCCAGCAGCUACUAGCAACACUCUGGUAUGAUGGCUUUCCAGGAUGGAGGCGGAAACACUGGGCAGUAAAACUCUUGACCUGUGUCACCAUUGGACUGCUAUUUCCUGUGCUAUCCGUGGCAUAUCUGAUUGCACCGAAGAGCAGGCUGGGACUGUUCAUUAAAAAGCCAUUUAUAAAGUUUAUUUGCCACACCGGCUCUUACCUAACCUUCCUCUUCAUGCUCCUACUGGCGUCACAGCACAUUGUCAGGACUGACCUUCACAUGCAGGGACCACCUCCUACCAUCGUGGAAUGGAUGAUCCUGCCCUGGGUUCUAGGUUUUAUCUGGGGAGAAAUCAAGGAGAUGUGGGAUGGUGGAUUCAAUGAGUACGUACAUGACUGGUGGAAUCUGAUGGAUUUUGCAAUGAACUCACUCUACCUUGCAACUAUCUCCCUUAAAAUUGUUGCCUACGUCAAGUAUAACGGUUCUCGUCCGAGGGAGGAGUGGGAGAUGUGGCACCCGACUCUCAUUGCAGAAGCCCUCUUUGCAAUAUCCAACAUCUUAAGUUCCUUGCGUCUCAUAUCCCUGUUUACAGCAAAUUCACACCUGGGACCCUUGCAGAUUUCUCUGGGACGCAUGCUGCUAGACAUCCUUAAAUUCCUUUUUAUCUACUGUCUGGUGCUUCUGGCUUUUGCCAACGGACUGAACCAGCUUUAUUUUUACUAUGAGACCAGUGCCUCGGAGGAACCCAACAACUGCAAGGGGAUCCGAUGUGAGAAACAGAACAAUGCCUUCUCCACACUUUUCGAGACCCUCCAGUCACUCUUCUGGUCUGUGUUUGGUCUGCUCAAUCUCUACGUCACCAACGUGAAAGCCAGACAUGAGUUCACAGAAUUUGUUGGGGCCACUAUGUUUGGGACCUACAACGUCAUCUCCCUCGUCGUGCUGCUGAACAUGCUCAUAGCCAUGAUGAACAACUCCUACCAGCUCAUUGCUGACCAUGCGGAUAUUGAGUGGAAGUUUGCACGGACGAAGCUCUGGAUGAGUUACUUUGAUGAAGGUGCCACUCUGCCUCCUCCUUUUAACAUCGUCCCAAGUCCCAAGUCCGUCUGGUACCUCUGCAAGUGGAUUCACAAUCAGCUGUGCCCAGGCAACGACUCUGACAACGAACAGAAGAGGCAUGAAAACCUCAAAACAUUCACAGAGCGGCAUGCUGACAACUUGAUCCAGAAUCAACAUUACCAGGAAGUGAUAAGAAACCUUGUGAAAAGAUACGUCGCAGCAAUGAUAAGAACUUCCAAAACCAACGAAGGUUUAACUGAAGAAAACUUCAAGGAGUUAAAACAGGACAUCUCAAGUUUUCGCUAUGAAGUUCUUGACCUCUUAGGAAACAGGAAGCCCCAGAGGAGAAGUUACUCUACCAGCAGCACGGAGGUGUCCCAAAAGGAUGAAACAAAUGAGGAUGGUGCUGGAGAAAAACCUAAAGCCAAGAGCGUGUCUUUCAAUGUAGCCAACAAAAAAAAGGACUUCAAUGUAUCUGCUCUAAUUAAAACUAUGUCUGGGAUCGAUAUGGUGGAAGAGAAGCCAAAAAGCAACGGGAUCAGUAAACGCUCCUUCGUCCGGAAUGGAAAUAGAGUUCAGAGACUUUCCAGCUCCAAGAAGGAGUCCUUUAAGAGACUGGGCCUGCUUUUCUCCAAGAUGAAUGGACACGUCCCUGAACCAAACUCAGAGCCCAUGUACACGAUUUCAGACGGAAUUAUUCAGCCACACUACAUGUGGAAAGACAUUAAAUAUUCUCAGAUUGAUAAAGAGAAAGCAGAGAAUUGUUCCAAAAGUGAAAUUAACCUCAAUGAGGUGGACUACAGUGGGAACACAAGACUUACAGGACAGAGCAAGGAGUGCCCUGUGGUUUGUACCAGCUCCCUUCACUGUGCUUCCAGUAUUUGUUCCUCUAAUUCCAAACUUAUAGACUCGUCAGAGGACGUGUUUGAUUCAUGGGGAGAGGCCUGUGACUUGUUUAUAAACCAGUGGAAAGAUGGGCAGGAGGAUCACGUCACGACUCGGCUAUAAGUAGAGCUAUCUUAGCACUCCCUGGAGAACUUAGCCCCUUCUUUGUAAUGCUUUGCUCUCAUCUGAUCCAGCAUUACCAUUUCCUUUCUGUCCACGGGUGGGAAAAGCGCGUCAGACUCAUGUUAGCCUAUUUUAUAGCCAUCUGCACCUUUUUCAUUUACUUUUUGUACACUCACAAAUACCAAACUAAAGGUUUCAACGUUUAUAAGGUCACUAUAAACCACAGGAAUCCCUUCAGAUGCAGUCUUGUCUUCAAACCCCACAGACUUCAGACAUGCUGGGGGCCGAGGAAAGGAUUCCUCCAGUGCUGUCACCAUCGUCCCACUGCCGCUGGGUUCUCACUGCUGCUAUCCAACCCAUUGGGUCUGCAUCCUGCUCAGUUUUCCUCAUCCACACAAGCAGCUGGUGAGCAGUGGCUUAGCAGGAGGCUGAGAAUCAUGUCUAAAAUCUUUUUAGAAAGGGUUUCAACUUAUAUCUGGGCUUUUUGUUUUCUUUAAGCAAUAUGAUCUCCGAGUCUUUCGGUUGUGUGUGGUUUUCAGGUUGUUUAUUACAUUAAUACUGUAAAUUGUUACUGAAUAAGAGGCCCCUCCAGUCAUCCACCUAGAACAUGGUAUGAGUUGCUCAUUUACCCAAUUCCUAUGAGAGAUUCCCCCCAUAGGGAGCAGAAUGACCUUCCAGUUAGGCUGGAAGCCAGCACCUGGCCGUGCUGCCGACUUCUGCAGAGAUGAAGUGCCCCUGAACGGGCCAUGGCUGCUCAAAACCCAAACCUCAGAGUGGUUCUCACAUUGAGCCAAACCCAGCCCUUGGCCUCGCCCUCACAGCCCACCCCUCAGCUGCAUCUACUCUUUGAGAUUCCUGAUCUCAUUCCACUGCUCCAUUUGCAUUCUGCUGCCUCUCUGACAGAUGUCAGCCUUUAGGAAGAAAACCAUCCUCCUGGAUGGCAAGUGCCAAGAGAGAGCAUCUUCCCUGGGGCCGUGAGCUGCAUUUCUGACAAGCAACCUAAGCAAUAGCAGCUCAAACUGCAUCUGGCAGCCUGGGAAGUCUCUGAAGCUCCUUUUCUAAGGUGCAGCAGAAAGGAGUGCAGCAGUAGAGGUGAUCUUUUCUUUCCCUAGUCAUGGCAGUGUCAGGACAGGGCCUAGCACUGUCACUGCUUUUGUCCUAAGGAGCAUCAGAGUGGGGAGAAGACAACCCCAUCAAGGGCAAAAUGGUUCAUUUUUUAACAGUGAUUUAUUUUAACCAUGUGAUACUUGAACUUUCUUGUGUGGUGUUGCUAAGAAACACAGAGAUCAGCACUUACCACCCCUCCAGAGCUGGUAUUAGUCAGCCGCUUGCUUGGAGGAAGCAAGUCCUGAGCUCAGAAAUGUCCUUCCCGUAUGACAGAGCCUCGUUACAGUGCUCGUGCUGUCACGCUUAAGGCUCUGUUCCCAGGAGAGGUUACAGGAGCUGGAGCAUAUCCCAGGGGUGGCCCCCAAAACAUCACCUCUUGUAUGAACUGGUUGUGAAUUGCAUUUGUAAAAGCAUAAUGCUGGGAAAUCCACACCUCCCGUUGGCACUGGUCAGAUGCUACCACAAGGGCAUGAGCAGCGCUCGUCAUGGCAACACGAGGGUCAAGAGGAGAGGGAUCUGUCAUUACAGCAAUUCUGCCUUGAAGAGUUACUGGGACACCUGCAGGUGGAUACUCUGCUGGGGUUUGAAAGCUGGUUUUCCCUUUGGGCACCUAUACAGCGGUACCUAAAGAUUACACCUGCAUCAGAGGUAAAUGUGAACGCUGCAGCCCAGCUCCUGUAGCAGAGCUGUAGGUGCCAACACACUGGACUCAUGGGCAGGUUUCAGUACAGACCUCAGGGAGGAGACUCUGGCUCUAGGUCAGCUCUGGUGUCAAGGAAAAUCAGCAGCGAGGUGCAGAGACUCCAGAAUGUUUCUGUACUCCUUAUGACACCACUCUUGUUACCAGCAUGCAGUAUAAAGCCCCAAAUAUUUAAGCCUCUAUCUGUGUUAGUUAAGGCAGAGUGAAAAGCAUUUUUGCAUCAACAGAUUUCAAGCUUUCAUACUAACUGCAGGGUUAGAGUUGUCUUUGAGAACUGCAUCUCCUCUUCCUUGAGGAAAGGCUGAGCAAACUGACCCAUGUGCUGCACAAGGAGACCUGCCAAACGUGCAGGUCAGCAGCAGCUUGCUGGUCACUCCUCAAGAGAUCCAGCAGCGCUGUCAUUUGAGAGAGCUGCAGUCACACCAACUGCAGGCAGUUCCCAAAGCUGCUCACAGUAAAAGCCCUACAGCUUAAUAAACCAAACUGAGCACAGUUCUGGAAAGAGGGACAUGAGCAAGAGCCGCUCCAGGGGGUUUGAAUCAUUUUAAGCCUCACCUAACCCCACUGCAGUUUAUGAACUCCACUUGACAUGGGGCUAGCAAAUCUUUAUGGUAUUUCCUGUGUAAGGAGUAAGAAUGAAAACAAUUCAAGUAGGGUUGUGCAGAGACAUCCCCUGGGUUUGAGGCUGGGACAGAAGCAGCGUUCCUGUCCUUGGACAGUAGAAAGGCUUUUAAGUUUUCCCUUAGAACCGGUGGUGAUUAUAACGUGUGGUUCACUCGCAGCACUGCAUUAACAGGUACAAAUAAACUGAAACGCAGUUAACUCUGCAGUGGUGCCCCCCCACAAUGACACAGGGCUGCACAACUGCCUGAGUCACAUUCCCAUGCUGUGUCCCGAAAGGGCAGGGGUAGGAACAGCCCCGCUGGGAUGGCAUGAUGGAUCCUGCAGCCUGCAGAGCCCUCCCCAUAGCAUGGUGGUAAAGCGAGAGCUGCAUCAUGGCUGGGGCUCCCCCGGGGUUUGUUUCAUCACUCAGAUACUUCCUCUCCUCUGAGCUACCUUUGGAAUUCAAACACAAACCCUUGCUUUGCUGUAAUACACAUGUGCAGGAGUUUGCAGGACUCAGAUUGGUUCCCUCAAAAGGCAAAGUCCUGUUCGAUUGCAUCUAUGCAUCCCCUUCGGUAGCAAUAGACUUUAUAGAAGCUGGUGAAUUAUUAUUACACUAAAACAGGAGCUUCAGGGGAGGGAAAUUAAAGCAGCUUGUGAAAAAUAGGUUUGAUAAUUUAAAACCCAAGCAGGUUUUGCUUCACUUGCAGUCGCAGUACUUGGGAUUCACCAGCAUUUACCCAUUUUCUAUUGCUCAAAAAGAAAACCUGUUCUAGUGGAAGUUACCCUUCCCUUCAGAGGAGUCAGUGAACUGCCCCUGGGCUGCCUGUGACCAGGGUGGGAGCUGGUGGGACACUUGGAGCUGCUCCUGUGAGGAGUUAAACUUCUCCUUGGCUUGGGUUCAGGAUGCACAGCUGUGCUCCAACUGGUACAGGCCUGGCCUUUAGUGGGCUUCAGGAAUAAUCCUUACACAUAUGCAAGGAAUUUGGAAUAAUAGAAUCUUGACCACUUACCCUUUAAGUUUCUUGCUCCUGAAGUUGUUUUGUUUCUCACUUCCCAUCCCCUGGGUCAUUUUCACCUGGCUUUUUAAAGCAGCACACCCACAAGUGAUCGCCAAGUAAAAGGUUAACAAACAACAGCCAGGGUUAAGAACAUCCCCUAGAGCUGGGAAGUGUUUGUCCUCAGGUCAGAGACUAAGGAAGUUGUUUCAGAAACAAGGAAUUAACUGACAUAUCUCUGCAGAUGACGUGGAUAAUUACAUUUGUAUAUUAACUGACUCACUGGUCUGUGUGUGGAUACUCAAGUAUUUGGCUGUGUGGUCCCUCCAGAGGAAGCAUGCACCACGGUGAGAGCACAGGGUUAGAGAACAGGACUGCUGAGGUCUAGUCCCAGCUCUGCCACCGACUCACCUGUGACCUUGGGCAAGUCACUUCGCCUCUCUGAUGCCUCAGUUUCCCCAUCUGUAAAAUAGGGAUAAUACUACUUACCUACCUCGCAGGGGGGGUUAGUUCAUUAUUUAUAAGCACUUUCAGAUCCUCAAAUUAAAGGCGCUAUAUACAGGAAGCAGUUCAUAUCCGUAGCAGUAGGAUGUACUUUUAUUUUCUUACAAUUCAUUCAGGUUAGGAUUUAACUCUGUGUCCGUUAUGAUAGUUUUCCACGUAGAAAACUGGCAUGAUUUCCCCAGGAAGGGAAAUUAGGAGACUUCUGCAGUAGACAGUGAGCAGGAGCAGCAUACCCUGGAAGCCUAAACUCUUUUAACACCCUUGCUUUUGUGAUUUUUGUCUCACCCUUCAAAUCACCUGUGUUUGUGUUUCAUCCUUUUUCUGAUGGUACAUGUAACAUAAUUUUUAGCAGAAACAGCCACUGUAAAUAUUAAAGAGUAUUUAAAUAAAUAUAUUCAUGUAUAAAUAUAAACCCUUACCUUUUAAAGAGGUUUAAGAUUGGUUGAUGCAACAGACUUCUAAGCAUGGGGAGGUUCCACGGGCACGCACACGGCAGGAUACUCGUAUAGGGCUAUAGGGAAGCGUCACCACGUGUCGUCACCUCCUUCGUGUUCACUUUUCACCCCCUCACUGGGAAGGGCCGGUGAUGGGGUGUCGCAGUGUGCUGUGUGUGCAGUGUGCUGGGGCACACAGAGCGCUGGAGCAAAACCCCUGCUGCCUGCUCAGCAUGAGGAGGAGCGGGACAAGGCAGGUCCCAGGCACGCACCUCGGGCAGUGGUGAAUCACCUACACAAGGGCUGCUGCAGGAACCUUUCCUAGAUAGCAGGAGACUGUCUCCUGCAUCCCUACAAGGGGCCCUUCACCCUGGUUUCUCUGUAGGUACAAUCUGGUUUCCUUCAGUGCUUUCUCAGGAUAAAGGUCUUUGGUUUGAGUGACAGGAGCUCUAAGAUUUGACUUGCACUGUAAGGGCGCUGCGAGCAUCCUAAGCUCGCUUCCAGGAACACAAGCAGUUGCAGGGUGCCUGCACUGGGUAUUUGGACAGUUACUAGAAAGUGUAAGCACGAAUCUGAAUGACUGCUGGGUUUUCUAGCAGUUAGAAAACUACACAAGACCUGCUGCUCUCACACUGUUAAGUGUGUGUCCCACUUCCCUUGGGACUUCUCGGCUUUGCUUUGAUAUUUCUACUUUCUGUUUCAAAAGCCAAAAGCCCAAAGAAAAGCAUAUUUCAGUUAACCAGGAAGAAGAUCAGUUUUGGUUUAAUUUCUGGCUGAGUUCUCCUUUAGCCAGUUAACUUGUCCUGUGGUGUGCUGACACUGUCCCGCAGACACGGCCAUGAGAAAGCUCUGUGCGGCCUCAAAGGCUGAUUUCCAAAGAAACAGAAUCACUCUUCCACCUCUGUUGUAAUUCCACAAACAGAAAUGGCAAAAAAUAAGCAAAACCAUCUAAACCACAUGGGCUGCCUGGAAUUAAUGGAAGUUGUUACUUAACCAGAAGCUCUCUGGGGCUGUUUUGGGGGUGGAUGCACUGUGGGACCUCCCGAGUGCUGCAGCAUGGCUGGUUGCAGCCUGCCCGGGUGUGCUGGAAACAUCACUGGCUCCUAUUCAUGUAACGGGAGAAUUGGAGUUGGUGAGACCACAGUGAAUAAUAGCUCACGGGAGGAGCACCUCAAAUAAACUGUUACCAGAAUAAGUUGCAGUUUGCAGUCAGUGGGUAACUCAAAACCUAACAGCUAUAAGUCAAUCCCUUACUGGGUUUUUCGGAGGAGGAGGAGGCAAGGAGCACGCUGGGGCAGCCACAUCAGUUCUAACCAUCUGUAACUGGAUUCAGGUUCAUUUUCACACAAACUUUGCCCAUGUCAGGCCAAUACACUGUUACAAACACAUCAUAUAUUCUUCAUACUAUUGCCUCCAUCUAGAACAACUCCUGAUCUGGAGUAAAUUCAUGACCAAGAAUGAUGUUUCAAGAACAUGCUUUAUCUAAAAAAGUAUAUUUAAAAUGCAGACACGUUUGAUCCUCCCUUACCAAAUGUGUGACAGGAUUUUGUGCUUCAGGGAAACACUUUUACCUGCUGUGUUUGUUUAAGAUGUGCAAAACCAACAACAAACACAACCACAACAGCAAUAGAGCCCUAGUGACCUGGCUCAGACCUCCCGCUAUUCUAAAAGCCAAAUGGAUCUCACAGUUCGUUCUUCACAUGCAAACUCUUCUCAAUCCAUGGCUCACCAACCAAGGAGCCAGUGCAGCCCAUUCCUCCUGGCCAGCAUCAUCUCCUUCAGCAUGGCUUAUUGUGGGGAAUUUUUCCCCCCUCUCCCAUCUAAAGCAUCUCCCUAUCAGCAGCAACUCCUAAGCUAGCAGAGAAACGAUGUGCUUAGGACAAGACGUGAUCAAUGAAGGAGCUGGCCUUCAGCACAUUAGCUAACAGAACACUGUGAUACCUUUAGCCAACGGAGUGAAAUGCCUUUUGACUAUAAAUAGUUGUUUUUGAGCAAGGGGGCACUUUUUGGUGUAGCUAUUUUUUGGGGUAUUGUAUAGUCUUGUUUAAAAACUACUGAAUGUGUUUAUAAGGUGGGUCUGGGAACUGGAGGGCUGAGGAUCUUGGAGAAGCAAAGGAUAGUAGCAGAUGCUUAAGGACUCUAUUUUCUACAUGGCAAGCCCUAGAGAGCCGGGCUUACUCUGCAAACAGGUUUUUUAGCAAUCAAAUUAACUCUUCAUUAAAAGAAAGCUAUCACAGAAACAACUUCACAGCUGAAAAUACUUGUUUUAAACUGCCAUUUUACUUCAUGGGAUAAAAAAGGUGAGGCUUUUUUGUUCCCCCUCCUUUCUUUUAGUUUUGGUCAAAAACUUUUCCAGGCAAAAGAGCUUUUAGAUGUGAGAGGAUAAAGACAGAGCAGGGAGCUCAGCAUUCAUCAGUUGAGUAACAGCCACCUCUAGAGACAGGGGGGAGACGAGGGGAAGAGCAAAAAGCAAAACCAAGCGCUUAGUUUUAUGUACUUUUCUACUUGCAUCUCUCCUGUCCGCAGUGCAGCCUCCACAUCAUCCCCUCGUGUGACAUGUAAAAACAAAACGAUGUACAUAAUAAAAUUAUUUAUUUUAUGUGUAUUUUUAGCUUAACUGUAAACUGAAAAACAAACAAAAAAGACAAAAGGCAUUUAAUUUUUUCCCAAAAUGUAAGCCUAUUGAAAUUCAAGGUGUUUCUACCUUUUCAGAUGUAACAUUUCGAGCUGCCUAUUGAUAAUAAACAUUUAUGAACAGCAA